CGUUUGGGCUUGGUAUUUUAGAUUCACAAGCCCCUAUUUAGUUUAAACUUUAAGAGGAGCACAGGUCCCAGAACUCACACUGACCAUUUAUUAUUAUUUGUUUGCUUUUCUGCAGUCACCGAGUUCUUAAUACCACUAUGGCUUACCAAUGUGACCUGUGCAACAAGGAGUUUACCACUAAGACCAGUCGCAAUAGGCACAUGAAAACCCACACAGGAGAGAAACCCUUCGAGUGUGCAAUCUGCGAAAAGAAAUUUGCUCGAAAGCCCACCUUGGACUUACAUCUUCUCACCCACACAGGAGAGACGCCGUUUGAGUGUUCAGUCUGCAACAAGCAAUUUAAACAGUCUUCGAAUUUGCGCACACAUCUCCGAAUAACCCACACUGGAGAGAAGCCUUUUGAAUGUGCAGUCUGCAGCAAGAGCUUUUCGCUUUUACAAUAUUUGCGCAUUCACCUACGGACACACACAGGAGAGAAGCCAUACGAGUGUACAAUCUGCAAUAAAAAAUUUGCACAACAGUCCCAGGUGAAGCGGCAUCUGCAGACCCACACAGGAGAGAAACCCUUCGAAUGUACAAGCUGCGACAAGAAAUAUUCACAAAUGUCUAGACUACGUGAUCACAUCAGGACACACACAGGAGAGAGGCCUUUUUUGUGUACACUCUGCAACAAGAAAUUUAUGCAUUCUGGUUUACUGCGCCAACACCUCUGGACGCACCUUGGAGAGAAGACUUUUGAGUGUACUGUGUGCAACAAGAAAUUUGCGGUUGUUAGCAAUUUGCGAUCGCAUCUGCGAACGCACACUGGAGAGAAGCCUUUUGAGUGUGCCGUCUGCAACAAGAAAUUUUCGCAGGCUUGUGAUAUGCGCAGGCAUCUCAGGACCCACACAGGAGAGAAGCCUUUUGAGUGUACAAUCUGCAACCAAAAAUUUGCACAACAGGGCCAAGUGAAGCGGCAUCUGCGGACUCACACAAGAGAGAAACCCUUUGAAUGUACAACAUGCAACAAGAAAUUUUCACGCAAGUACGACUUGGACUCACAUCUCCUGACCCACACAGGAGAGAAGCCCUUUGAGUGCACACUCUGCAACAAGAGAUUUGCGCGUACUCGAAAUCUGCGUAUCCACCUCCGGACCCACACAGGAGACAAGCGUUACGAGUGUACGAUCUGCAACAAAAGAUUUAUUAAAAAAAGCAGCUUGACCACACAUUUCCGGACCCACACGGGUGAGACACCGUUUGAAUGUACACUCUGCAACAAGAAAUUUAAGCAUUCUCACGAUCUACGCAUUCACCUCCGGAGGCACACAGGAGAGAAACCCUUCGAGUGUCCAAUAUGCAACAAGAAAUUUAUUCAGAAGAGCCAAAUGACCGAACAUCACCGGUCCCAUACAGGGGAGAAACCCUUUGAGUGUACACUCUGCAACAAGAGAUUUUCGCAUGCUCAAAGUCUGCGCACUCACCUCCGGACCCACACUGGGGAGAAGCCGUACGAGUGUGCGAUCUGCAACAAAAAAUUUGCGCAAAGGGCCCACGUAGACCGGCAUCGCCGGACCCACACAGGAGAGACGCUUUAAGAAAGUAGUACAUAUAUGCUUUAAGAAAUUUGCAAUAAAUUUAGUCUGCCUCAAACUCGACCUCACAUAAUCUCUGGACUCAAAUAUAACCUAAAAAAUCUUUGUUUCACAUCUAUUGCAUAAUUAUCAAUAACUAUUUUGUUGGUUCUUUUUCUUUUUUGAAUGUCUGCUCUUUUACAGUGUUUUGUAUGAAUAAUAAAAGUGCCGUGAUUGAAUCAAUUCCGUU